AUGUAACUGAAAAUUGCAGAUGCUUUAAGCUGAAUGAUACACAAUAUAUAAUCUUUAAAAAAAUAACAUUCAAAGUGCAACAUGGAUUCUCCUACACUCAUAGAAGGUAGUUUACCAGAUCGUAUUACUAAAAGUUAUUUUAAGGACACUUUUUAUUCAUCAUGUAAAAAAAUUAAAGAAAUGUUAGAUGAGGCACAAAGCACACCCACAUCAACUCUUCCUGGAAUAUUUGAUAAGACAAAUAAAGAAAUUCAAACACUUAAAAAUUAUUUAUCACAAUCAAAAAUGUUUUUAAAAGUUUAUGAUAUUAGAAGAGCACAAGAAAAUUUACAAUUAUUAGAGAAUGAAGCUUCUGACUUAGAAAUGAAGUUACUACCUAAGAAAAAAUUUGGUUUUAAAAAUCGAAGAGUCGUGAAGAAAACUUGUGAGAAGGCACAUGAUAUGACAGAUGGUUUAAAAGAUUUGAAAAUAUCAGAAGGAAUUGUAAAUGGUUCAACAAAACAGAAGCAUAAAUUGUCAAGCAAGUAUGGUGACAGUGCAUGUAUGCUACUGGGAAAAGUUGAUGAACAAAUAGUAUUGGAUGCUGAAAAUGUGAAUAAAAAUGAUAUUCUACUUUCUGAUUUAAUCCGUUGUACAAUACGAAUUUAUGGUACACCUAGUAUUUUACACAUGGUAAACUUAAAGCAGUGUACUGUAUUAGUUGGACCAGUAACAUCAUCUGUAUUUGCCCAUGACUGUAGUGAAUGUAUAUUUGCUUUCGCGUGUCAGCAAUUUCGGUUACAUUCUUCUACAGAUUGUACUAUUUAUUUACAUAUUACAAGUAGAUCGAUUAUAGAAGAUUGUACAAAAAUACGUGUUGCACCUUAUAAUUGGUCUUACGAAGAUCAAGUAAAUCACUUCAAUUUAGCAGGUUUAGAUCCAAAAAUAAACAACUGGAAUUGUAUCGACGACUUUAACUGGUUAUCUAAUGAAAAACAUUCACCAAAUUGGAGCAUUUUAGAACCUGAAUUACGCGUUAAAAGUUGGGAUUAAUAAAUAUGUAUAAAAUGUGUCAAAAUCUAAAAUUCAGUUUUCAA